AUGCUGUACGUCAUGGCCGGUGGCGGCGCUCUUGUUGUCCUCCUCGUUGCCGUUGUCAUCAUCCUUGUUGUCCGCUCGCGCCGCUCCAAGCCCGCAAGUUACAACGUUGACGACGCUGCUGUUCUCGAGAUGGUCUCCUGGAGUGGCAUGGGCGCUUCGCCGGGCACCAUGUCACUCUCAACCAUGGCGGCCCCGACUCGCCCCGCCCCGGCCCCCGACGCGACUGCUGCCCCGGCCAUGAUCCGCACUAUGCGGUACGCGUUCAGUGGCAAAGGUCCCGACGAGCUGACUUGUUCCGCUGGCGACCGGGUGGAGGUCCUCGAAGAGUACGACGACGGCUGGUGCACCGCCCGCAACUUGGCCUCGGGCAUGUCAGGUGUCGUCCCCGGUAACUAUCUCUCCUGA